UCGGACCGGAAUGAAAACUAGGAGUACAGCUAACUGGUUUCUAGGCUCUUCAUUUCCAAAUAGCAUUUAAAGCGCUAGACUUAUGAUAUUAAGUAACGUUACGGAGAACAAGAACUGACACGUAACGAGGAAGACUGCUUCUUUUGUGCUCUGCAAGGAGUAAGGAGCCAAUUUACAGAUCCGGUUCGGCUGUCAACCUUAGGACUUGGGGAAAAAUGGGAGCAGCCUGAUUCAUGUUCGCCUCUGUGGGGGAAAACGGGAAAGCCUGAGCGGACCAGAAGGAAGCCUUUCAUUCUUCGGUAACUAUUCAAAAAAAAUCUUCCCUCACAUUUGAAUUUUUCUCUCCAGAAGAGCCAUCGGUGCAAGUCAUUAUAGCAAGGGAUUUCUUUCAUUACAUGUCUGGUUUCCUCUGUCUCUGUCUUUUACCUUGUUGUAAAGCCAUUGUCUAAGAUCCUAUAUACGGUGUCACUGUGAAAAUGUCCUUGCAGUAUAUCAAGGAUGACAAAGGUAAGGAUCAGCUGCUUUACAAGGGAUAUCUGUAUAAGAAAGUGCGUGCAAGUGGGAACAAAACAUUUUGGAAGUGUGCUGAAUAUCACAAAUACUGUUGUACAGGAAGGGCUCACACAAGCCACAAUCAAGUUAUAAAGUCUUUGCCACAUCUUCAUCCUCCCACCAGGAUGCCAACAGAAGCUGAACAAGUGCCAUAUGGCAUGAAGAAAACCACCCUGAGCCCAGAAUCAAUCCCUAAAAUGAAUACAGCAAGUUGUAAUGCAUUGUCAGAAGUUCGUACCAAGAAAUGGUGUACAAACCAUCCAAGUCAGACAAUACAGCGUUUGAGAGCAUGUUUGAAGGCAACCCGCCAAUCUUCACCCAAUUUACGGGAACCUGCUGUUGAAACGACUAUUAAAGAGCCAAUUAUACCAUCAGCUUUAACAUCUCCUGGCUUUCACGAGUUCACUGACAGCUCUAUGGAUGGAGAUUACAGGCCAAGUCCCUUUCUUCGUAAAGAGAAACACGCUCUGAACUCGCCUUCAAUCCAGGCUAAUCGGGAAGCUGGUCGACAGCGAUUCCGCCUAUCCACCCUCCUACCUGGAGAAACUCUGCAAGAGAUUCUGUCCAGGCUGAGUACCACAGCACUGCAGUGGCUCUGUCCUCAGGAACACAGCAAGGACCAGAUUGUGGACAUGGUCAUCCUGGAGCAAUUUCUCAGUGUGCUUCCAGCAGACAUGCAGACAUGGCUGAAAGCCCAGGAGCCAGGCAGCAGCAAGGAGGCCGUACAUCUGGCUAUGGCCUAUCAUAAACAGGAACCUGCCAAGCCCAUUCAGGAUAUGAUAACCUUUGAAGAUGUAUCUAUUCACUUCACUGAGGAAGAAUGGACUCUACUCAACCAUAAAGAAAAAAACCUUUAUUGGAAUGUCAUGCAUCAAAAUUAUGAUAAUGUAGCCUGUUUGGCAAGUGAUCAGAUCAAAGGAAAAAGCCAAGAGGAAGAACCUUUGCAGGAAGUCUUUGAACCAGCAGUGGAAUGGUUGGAAAAAUCCAAGGAGGCCGUUUUACAACAUCCUGCACAAAAGUUGAAUAACAACUGUCCGAAGAACCAGCAAAAGACAGCCUUGGAAAAGGAAGCAAUAUUCACUGGUUCUGAAAGAAAUGUGAUGGGACCAGAUAGAGACAUCAUUCGUCUAGAAGUAGGGCUGCAGAAUCAGUGCAUGCAUAUUGAUUAUGGAGAAGGUGGUGCAUCUGCAAUACCUAUCAAUGAUCAGAAACGCCUUAAAGAGGAAGAUCUAACAGGCUCAUAUGGAAUAUCCAAUAAGAUACAUCCCCAGAAUUUUCAGCCAAAUUUAAUCAGAGAGGAACAGAAUGAUACCGAAAGGCAACAGUCAGAAAAAGAGAAAUUUUAUGGAGGCCAUUGGAGAAAUCCAGUCCACCAUGAAACUAGAACAAGUUGGAAUGCUGAGUGUGCAACCAUUGAUGAUACUGAACAAACUGAGCCACUGAUGCUCGACAGUCAGAGAGAUUUUCGAUAUGUAGAUAAAUCAUUGGAAACAAUUAUGGAAAUAAUUUCUCCAAGUCCUGAGUCAGAUCCAGUGCUCAUUUGCUCAAAAAUACAUUCUGCUGAAUUGAAUGAAAGUACGGAUUUGACCAGUGAAAACCAGAAGAUUUUGGAAAGUGGCCUGGUAGAAAACCAGAAGAUUUUGGAAAGUGGUAGUUCAGGAAUUGAAGGAGGGCUGGAGAAACUCAAUUCUUUUGGAAGUGUUUUACAGGAACCAGCAACACAAAUUCCUUGUUCAGAUGUUCAACAAGAUUUGGAAGCCCAGUACAGAUACGCCAGUCUUAGUAAUGAAGAUGAUGCUUCCAAAAUCAGCCUUGGGGGUCAGUUGAUUACACGUCCUAAGUAUAAGCAUUUUAAUUCUUUCAAACAGUAUGCCUGUUCCAAUCCUGAGGAAAUCAUCAGUAGCCUUUCAGCUUUAAUAAAACGCAGGAGACCGGACAGGAAAUAUUUCAGCAGGAGAAAUUUGAAAUUCCAAUCUGGAGCACAUCAUAGAACUCACACAAGAAAUAAUCUCCAGAAACGCUUGAUUAGGCAUAACUGGUGGUACUUGAAACAAAACAGAAGCUGGCUUCUUGAAUCAGGAGUUACUGUAAAACAGUUCCCGAAGUUUGAUCCUGUAACACUUAACACUCAAAUAGGUGAAGCUUUGUACCUGGCUAUGCAAAUCAUAAGGAGGUUUUCUGCAACUGGGUUUUUCUCUUCGAGUUCCCCUCAAAUGGAACAACAGGAGAGAUCUUUCCCUCUUCCCUUUCUAGACAAAAUGGCUGCUGAACCUACCUUAAGCCAGGUAAUGACAGUGCUGCAGCAGGUGGCUGCGAAUAUUGCGGAAAUCAAGGCAGCCAUCUCCAGCCUGCAUUCUACUGUUACUAGCCUCCAGAAUGAGUCUUUCUCUGCGUGUACAGUUGAAGCUGAAGGUAGGAUUUCUGAUUUGGAAGACACCUCCCAAAAGACCAAAGCUCAGCCUGGGAAGUUUUGUAAUGAUAUUAAAGCCAGUGAAGUCAAACAGGUGGGAAAAGCCAUGCAAACCAAUGUAAGAGCUAAAUUGUGGUCAUCCUCGAACGUUGAAAAAGGUGCAAAUUCUCCACAUCUCUCCCCAAUUCAUGAAUCAGGAGAUUCAUGAAGAAAAAGAUUCCAUCCCCAAACUGACAGAAUAUAGAAUUAUAGAGCUGGAAGUAACGUUUAUUUAUAGUAACAUUUGUAGAAAACUUUUCAGAACUGCAAAAAGAAGCAGUAGUGAUCAUAGUAAUAAAAUGAAGUGGUUUUUGUGUCAGUGGAUUGAAAGCUGAGCAUGGAAAAAGGAGGUUUAAAGCACUUUGCUGUAAUCCCCAUGUUCAGAAACUAAGAAGAUGGCCUCUCACUCAUCUUCUAUCACACAAAACAUAAUAUGGUGAGGAAUAUCUAUCAGAAAAAAAUCCUCUGGGAAAAGAUUAUGCAAGUAGAGAGAAGCAGAAUAAUGGUUUAAAAAGGUUGGCCCUUUUUAGAAAGAAGGAAAGGAAGAAAAGGAACCUUUUAAAAUAUGCAUUAUGUAACAUGAGGAAAUUGUCUCCCUUCUUAGCUCAUUCCAUAUAACUUUCUUUUAAGCAUAAUGUUCUUGCAGCUUAGGUGUUAACCAAAAUGCCUUUAAAAAUAGAAUUCUAUCUGUAUGUUGAUGCACACAAAGACAGCAUUUUGAGUGUGCACUUCUAUGCACUCUUACUUGUGAAUAAGCACUAUGGUUACUGGGACUUAUUUUCUUGUAAACAUGCAUUAUUAUUCAAUUUUUAAAUUCCAACAUGAAAUCAAAAAAGAGGCUCAAUAAUCGGUGGGGCAGAAGGGAAAAAUGCUUCUCAGUUUCUCCAUUGUUAUCUAAGCCCUCAGCUUCUUCAUCUCAGAGGAUUUACCACAUAUUAUAAAUAUUUUCUUAAACUGAACUCAAACCCUGAUUAUAGAAAGGUGCUUUUCUUGGGAAGAGUACCAAGUGGUUCAUUCCUGCUUCUUCUGUAAUAUUGGUUCCACUUCCCAGCCUGGAUCAGGUCCCCGGAAUCUUUGGUAGUUUUCCAUCCAAGCAUCAUCAGCCAAAGAUAGUUAAAUGCAGCCAUUUUGCUAAAGGAAUAAACUGUAUGGCAAACAUGAUGUGUAGUCCAAUUCCAGCAGCAACCAAGUAAAUCCACCUCUUUAUGGGAAUCCUACAAGUAGGCCAAUGCUUAUAGGAAAGAGUCCUCUCUCAGAAUUUGUCUCCAUAACUUGAAAUAACUGCCUUUGACCACAAUGGUUCCAUUUAGGAAACACGUCUUUUUCUUCAUGUGUCAAACCCCCUUUGAAUUCCAGCUUGACAGCCUGCAAGCAGACAGCUCAUAGAGAGGUUGAACAACAUACGGCUGUGUUUCUCAGAGCUUGGCUCUUAAGUCAAUAUUUUUCAUUUGGUAAUCUGAAUACUUAGAGAAAGUAAGAGGGCCUUUUUUAUAUAUAGAAUGUGCCUCCCCACCCACAUACCCACAGUAGAUGCUGCCUCCAGAGAAAUAUGCCUGGCUCUGAUUAUUCUCAGUGUCAGCCAGGGACCAGUUUAUUACCUCAGGCAUUCUGAGUGAUUAAUGGGUUAAUUUAAAACUUUCUUGAUUUUGGGGGCUGCUGCUUUUCUAGUAAUAUUUUAUAACACUUUAGUGUUAUGCAUUUUAGCUAUUCCUUUCUUAAUGUAUAUUUUGAUGGCUCCAAAUUUAAUUUGAUGAUUUUAAAGGUAAACCGUAAGGUAAGGUAUCCAAGUUAACAUACUUUGGCUGACCAAAUCUAAGUUUAAAAAGCUAAGUACUUUCUGCUUGGAUAAUAACAUGGAUGACAGAAUGACAGAUUAGAAUGGAAAGUCGAAAACAUCCCAGUGAUGAACUGUUUCUUUAUUACUACCAAAACAUCCCCAAAUGAACAUCUCUAUGAAUUCAAUAGUUGGGAAAACUAGAUUUUUCAACAGUGGGAUACCCAUUUCAAAAAUGAAAUUAAGAAAUAUAUUGACAAUUUUCCCUUCUGCCCCUCCCAAAUUAUCUCCCAUUUCUUUAAAAAAUCAGUCUAGGACAAAAUAAUUCAGGUAGUUCUCAUUUAGCGGCUGCCUCAUACAGCAACUGUUUGCAGUUGCAACGGUAAUGAAAAAGUAACAUUACAACCAAGCCUCACAUUUACGCCAUUCACAGGUCUGUAAAGCAAAGAAAAGCUGAAGAAGGGUCAUAAACACAGUCAGAGUUUCAUUUAGCAACUGCAUUGCUCAACAACCAAGCUGCCAGUCCCAGUUGUGGCUGCUAAAGGCUACCCGUACUUAGCACUUUAUUAAUAAUAACAAGAGUUGCUGCCUAGCAACAACCAGAUCUCUUGACUGAGAGUCUUGGGAGCAUCUGGGAAGAAUGCUGAGCCAAAUACUGUUGCAGCAGUGCUGAAUCCCGUGUAAUAGUUACUGCAUCAUUUAUAUAGUAAUUAUUCUUACUGGGAAAAGCUGGGAGCUCAGGAAACUAUUUUUUAUUACCACCAAAAUUUCUCCGCAUUUUUUUCUGACUCUUAAUGAAUCCUUACUUUCUUUGACCACAUUUCUUGAAACUAUUUAACACAUUAAAUUGUACUCUAUUUCUAAUCUGAUUAUCUGUCCCACAUUCAAACCCUCUUUUCAUUUUAUCCUUUGCUAGUUAUCUUGGUCUUUCAUUUUAAACCAUCAAUUCAAUCAUGAUUUUAAUCAUAUUUAUUUGCUAUACGAAUACAUGCAUUUGCUUAUCUGAAGUAAAAAUUCACCAAACAAUAAUGAUUCUCAUUCAUUUGGAGAAUUUCUAAACAGCCCAACUGCUUUCUCUAUUCCAGUUUCAUUCUCAUCCAUUCACUCAUAUCAGACAGCAAAGUACAAUUCCCUGUUUCUAUGCAUACGGCCAACAACCUUGAUUAUGUGCCAUUAAGUCAGUAUCAGGUCUUAGUGACCACAUAGACAGAUGUUCUCUAGAAUGAUCUGGUCUACCAAUUCAUACCCCCUUAAAUAUUUUAGCCUUUUCCUUCAUAAUUAAAUCCAAAUCUUCAAUGCCCCGGGUAUAUUCAUCAAUGCCAUGCACAUGUACUGUAUUUCAUCUUUCCAUAAACAUCUAUUACCUUCCUUUCAUUUGUUGGAUUUCCUUUAUUAUUUGAACCUCCUUAUCACUUCCUUCUCUUGCAUUCCAUGUCACAGUCUUCCAUAUGCCAUGGUUGUCAUUGGAACAUAUUGAUCUCUAUGACCUACAUGGCUUUGGGCAAUCAAAGCUUUAUAGUAUGUUUUUCAGAAGAGAGAAAAAAUGCAGAUCAGGUAAUAACCUUAGUCCCACCCAUUCCAGAUGCAGCAUUCCCUGAUGAUGAUAAUAACAGCAACAGCCAGUUCAGGCACGCUGUGGGCAGAUUACCACAAAGCCACCCAAAGCCCAGUUUUGUCCCACAUGUUUUCAUGCUAUCCUAGGCCAGAAAAAGUCUCUAUUUAGGAUGUUCUACAAAAUAUUAAGUUAAAGAUACCAAUAAUUAUGUGCAUGCCAUUUUCAUUUGUUUCAUUAUUUACAAUACAUCAAAAGCAAGGUGUCUUCUCUAUGGAUUAUGGAAUAAAGA